GAAAAUACAUCUCGAAUGUAAUUACAACAACAGCAAUAAUAACCAUAGCGAACGGAAGAACAACCUAAAAAUAGCAACAUUUCCUAGCGUCAACAAAUAAGCAUAAGAAUCUAAUAUUAACCCAUAAUCUAAACUAAUAAUCGACUUUAUUAAGACCCAAACUAAACAAAGAACUUUGUUUUCGCACUGGACCUUUAUUUUUACAACGCGCGAAUCAUCUGUUCAUCAUUGGCUCGCUGAAAAUUCAAGAAGAAGAAGACCCUUUUUCUCUAUGUAGAAAAUAUUUAUUUUCAAAUAUCUUCAAUAUUCAUCGAACUUAUCAAGAGGAAAUAAUGUGUUUGCUAUCACUGAUCAAGUGUUAAAACACGUAAGAGUUAGUUAGAAUUAUGAACAUACGUCCAAGAUGUCGGGAAUGGCUCCCUUUGUGUACGCAACAACUACGAUUGAGAAACCUGCAAAGAAUUGAAGGCAUUAAUAUUGGCGAUGAUAGAGCAGUGAUUCGGGCGGACGCUCUAUUAUACUAUACGUUGCAUCAAAGCCACGAAAGCCCAUCAAUCUACGAAAGUGAAAAACUGCCUUAUCGUAAGCAUUUACAACAAAAGUGGGCGGAGAUAGAAUGUGCGGCGUUGCUAAAGUCUAAUGUAAAUUGUGUUUGCGUGAAGAUGUGGAUUUGGCAACCAAAAAUAGAAGAAACAGUCACGAAUGUUCACGAGGAAAAACAGGAAAAUUCAUCUGAAGAGCCCAUGAGUGCCUUGACUCGUGAAUAUGUUAAAUCCGGUAAACAGCCGCACUCUUACGAUAAAUUGUUAUUUAGUUGGGCUGUGUACUUUUCGGGGCUCAUUCCUAUUUAUCAACCAAAUGAAACAAAAUGCUGCGACAACACUUUAAUAUUUCAAUUGAAUGAUGAGUUUUUCACCUCACCAGAACAUUUUAGUGUCAAACAUUUAAGCGAUCAGUUAAAUGCGAGUUAUCAACGAUUUUCCAAAACGGGAGUGCUUAAUAGCAGUAUGCCAAUCGCUGAUGAAUUUUCUAUAAACUCGCCGCAUGUUAGUCGAAGCUCUAGCCCUGACAUUGUUGAUUGGCAGAAAGACUUGUUACGUAUGUCAAAAUCCCGUUAUCCUCAACUCAGUUGUGAGAGAGGAAAUGUGCAUAGCAGUUACAAGCUGGACAAGUUAUUGGACAUUCAACAACUGCAACGUCAAAGAUUACAGACUGAACGGAGAAGCAUCGAGUUAACUGAGCAUAUCAAAAUGAUAAGUUUGCGUUGCAUAACCAAAGAUCAGUUGAAGAGAGGAACACGUACCACGUCACUAAAUGCAAACAAUUCUAUGACACUAACUACCUCCUCCUAUGAGAGUUGUUAUCACAAUCAUUCCAUGGGCCGUACUUUAAGUAUGUUAUUGGCAGACCAGCAACGAAUUGAACCCAAUCAACUAUUUAAAGCCCAAAAAUUACAGCAACAAAUAGAAAGUCUGCAUAGCAAGCAUCGAUUGCUAAAUUACACGCGCUCCAUUUAUGCAAAACGUAUAGAAGAUUUAAAGCGUCAACUGGCACAUGCCAAUGGAACACGUGUACAAUUACAGACUUCGUUGUCCGCAAAGCGAGACAAAUUAGCAGCCAAGCAAGAAAAAUGGAAUGAAUAUUUGGCGACCCAAUUCGAGAGAAGACAACGCAAACAAAUCGUAGCUCAAUAUUUGGAACGCAGGAGAUCUUCAUUAUGCAUGGAACUAACAGAAAUUUAUCCUAUUAGUCGUAAUCGCGAAGGUUCGUACACCAUAUGUGGGGUACCAUUUCCAUCAGCAGAUAGUUAUGAUUAUGAAUCUUCGAACGCCAACAGUUUUGUCAGCUCAGAUAAUGUAACGCCGUUGGCAUUGAGUGCUUCGCUCGGCUACGUGGCUCAUUUAGUUCAAAUGAUUGCGGUAAUAACAAAUCGUCCUUUAAGAAAUCCCAUCAUCCAUGAAGGCUCACACACUCGUAUUCUGAAUAUCGUUAAAGAAAUGCCCUUGAUAUCAAGAGAAUAUCCACUAUAUAGUCGUUCCUCGAUGCCAACCAGGCCAGUUAAACAAGGUAUAAAUCUGUUAAAUCAGAAUAUUGCUCAGUUAUGUUAUGAAAUCACUGAUCUACGUUGCGAUAUGCGCGCCAGUAUUGAGAAUUUACUGCAUAUAUUUAGAAAGUUAGCCGAAAUUGAACAGAGCACUACGGAGGUGACAACUAAGUUAACCUCCAACAACAAUAAUAAAUGCUUAACGAUUCUUACAAACGAUAAGCACCAAAUACUUUAUCAUAACAAUCAUAAUCUUCAUCACCAAGAGGUGUGUUAUAAGUCGCAAAAUGGCCAAAGUGUUGCUGCUCUCACUAAAUCGCAUUCAGCGCUUGAAAUAAAUGCACUUGUAUCAAAGCCUACAGCCAUAUCUCUUGUACAUAGUUUGGCUUUAAAUCCAAACAAAGUGUUAAUUAAUGCUGAAGAUGGUACACCGCCUAAUGAUACUGAACUUGGUUCUACAAGUGGCAGCAAUGAACGAGCUUGUCGUUCAGUGGGCUCUUAUAGCGAUGAAAGCCUCGAGGAGGAUUGCCAUACAAUGUCAAUGCAAUGUUAUUCCAACUCGGAUUCAAAUUUAACUUUUCAUAGUGUUCAUCAACACAUUUAAAACUGUUCGCUUGUGAUACAUUUUGUUGUUGUUUUCUUCUUUUUUUUUUCUUUUUUUACAAAAGUUUGCUUAAGUUUUACUUUUAAAUCUGUUUUAUGACUUUCUAUAAGUUGAAAGCUUUAUUA